AGAUUUGGAAGGAGUUGUACGGAAGAGGAGCGCUAAUGUGGGCAUGCGCAGGAGCGUGGGAUUCUUACAGUGCCUAGAAACUACCCUACAGCCUAGAAGGGCUAGGUUUCCAAGGGGGACGGUCCUAGCUUGCAGAGUCUGCGUUGUCUGCUGACUCUAAGCCGAGUGCACAGUUAGUGCACAGCGUGCUCUGAGUGUGCACACAGUGCUGUUGUCCCGGAGCUACUGGCAACGGAUUCUGUGCCCCACCGGUGGCCAGGAUUGUGGAGAGGUGGCGUUGGAGGGACAUAAUCAUUCCCGCCUCUUCGCAGAUGGCCUCGUCGAGCCCUGACGCCCCUUGUUCCUGCGACUGCUUUGUUUCUGUGCCCCCUGCCUCUGCCAUCCCAGCUGUGAUCUUUGCAAAGAACUCGGACCGCCCCCGAGAUGAGGUGCAGGAGGUGGUGUUUAUACCCGCAGGCACUCACACCCCUGGGAGCCAGCUCCAGGUGGGUUCCUCCUGCCUCCACCUCUUUGUUGGGAUCACAGGUGGGUGCCGAAUGCCAUUGUUGCUGCAGGGCUUGCCGUGCCACACGGGCUGUUCAUCAAACCUCUCUGGAUCAUCUCUGUCCUCUGACCUCUCUGACAGGCUGGCUUUGGAGCGGAGCAGUACUGCCCAGGAGGCUGUGCGCGUGAUUGCAGGCUUGCUGGACCGCUAUGGGCAGGGGGGCAGCUGCCGGGAGGACCCUGUGCCUUUCUGCUAUCACAACACCUUCCUACUGGCUGACCGGACAGAGGCGUGGGUGCUGGAGACAGCUGGGAAGCUGUGGGCUGCUCAGAGGAUCCAGGGAGGCGCCCGGAACAUUUCUAACCAGCUGAGCAUUGGCACAGACAUCUCAGCAGAGCACCCAGAGCUCCGCAGCCACGCCAAGGCCCAGGGUUGGUGGACUGGACAGGGCACCUUCGACUUUGCAGAGGUCUUCUCCCUGACCCAGCAACCUGUGCGGAUGGAAGCUGCCAAGGCCCGCUUCCGGGCUGGGCGUGAGCUGCUGCAGCAACGGCAAGGGAGUAUCACGGCAGAGGUGAUGAUGGACAUUCUCAGGAACAAGGAAAGCGGCAUCUGCAUGGACUCUGGAGGCUUCCGCACCACCGCCAGUAUGGUGUCGGUCCUGCCCCGGGAUCCCACAAAGCCCUGUGUCCAUUUCUUCACUGCCACACCAGACCCAUCCAGGUCGGUAUUCAAACCUUUCAUCUUUGAAACAGGGGUGGCCCAGGCCCCCCAGGUGCUGUCCCCCACUUUUGGAGCCCAGGACCCUGUUCGGAUCCUCCCCCGAUUCCAGACGCAGGUGGAUCGGCGGCACUUGCUCUAUCGCGGACACCAGGCAGCCCUGGGGCUGAUGGAGGAGGGGCAGGAUCAGGGAAAACGUGUCCAGCAAAAGCAACAGAGUUUGGAGCUGGAGGGCCUGGAGGCUCUCAGAAAACUACUAACUGGUGAACAGACCCUGCCUCCCCACAGGCUGAGCGGCCUCUUCCAAGCCUUUGUGGAGAAGGAGCACCAGGCCUAUGCUUAAGUGUACAGCCCCUCUUGGCCUGCUGGGUGUAGGAGCUUUGGGGCCAGCUGCCCUGAGCUGUGGGGGUGGGGGUGGGGGUCACAGUCAUCCCCUUCACACCGCUCAUCCAGGUUCUGGGUGGCUGGUACACCUUUGGCUUAAUAAAUAUGUU